AUGGCAUCUCCAGGAGCGAAUCUGUUCCACCUGCCUUCGGAAACACCUGUUAGCAACGACGUUAAGUUUUCCCCGGCGGGAGAUGUUUCGGAAGACGAAGAUUAUUCGGCCAGUUUAAGUGCGGUUUUACGACAACGCCGCGCAAGUGUGCGGCGAUCCCGCAAGGGCCGUGCUAGGCGACCCUCGUCACCGUUCCUGCCUGAAGACACUCGUUCUAGACGUAGAUCAUCAGUUUUCACCACUAGUUCCGGAGACACAGCAAUAUCGAUCGACGAACAACCAGCUAUGACCCAAGAGCAAAUUUUCGAGAACAUACAUCUACACAAAGAAGUGUUGACGUCAGUAAAGCAGCAACCAUUAGGCAUGCGACGCAAAUUGAAAAUUGUUCACCAGGCAAAAGCUUACAUCAAGCGACAUGAGGGUCAGCUACAGGAACGAUUAGCGCAAUCAAAGUGCACAAGGGACAUAUACGCAAGAUUUAGUAUAGUAUUAGCGACUAAAUGGCAGCAAUUAAAACGAGAAGCCGCAAAUACUUCUAAUUUGUUGAUACCUUGGGAACUGCGUAUAAAAGAAAUUGAAUCACACUUUGGAUCAGUUGUCGCGUCUUAUUUCACGUUCCUAAGAUGGCUGUUUUGGGUCAACUUAGUUAUUGGUUUUAUAUUACUUGUUUUCGUAAUUGUGCCAGAGUAUCUCACGGCAAAUCCCUUGCAAGAUGGGGAAAGAAAGAUAAUUAUGGAGGAGGAACGUCGUAAUGCCACAAAUCUUUUAACUUUAUGGGAAUUUGAUGGCGUUUUCAAAUAUUCACCUAUAUUUUACGGAUACUAUAGUAACGUAGAACGAUCAGAAUACAAAAUGCCUUUAGCUUAUUUUCUGACGGGCUUGGUGGUCUAUGUAUAUAGUUUCGUCGCCAUAUUGAGGAAAAUGGCGGAAAAUUCACGCAUGUCAAAACUAUCGGAGAAAGAAGAUGAGUGUAUAUUCUCAUGGAAGCUAUUUACCGGUUGGGACUUCAUGAUUGGAAAUGCAGAAACGGCGCAUAAUAGAAUUGCUUCAGUAAUUUUAGGAUUUAAAGAGGCGCUACUGGAAGAAGCGGAGAAGAAGAAAAAUUUGGGAAAUUGGCGCAUUAUUUCCCUGAGGGCAAUAGUAAAUAUUUGCGUAGUAAUUCUCCUAAUAGUAUCAGCGUUUGCUGUUGUAACUGUCGUGUCGCGCUCUGACGACAUUGAUAAAUCACCCAGUUGGUGGCGUGAAAACGAAACUACUACUGUCGUAACUAUUAUAUCUAUUACAUUUCCAAUAUUUUUUGAACUUCUGGGCUUUUUAGAACAUUAUCACCCCAGAAAGCAACUUAGAUUACAAUUAGCCAGAAUUAUGCUGUUAAAUUUGCUCAACUUAUAUUCUUUGAUAUUUGCUCUGUUUAGCAAAAUAGAAGGUAUGAGCGAGGCAUUAGUAAAACUACAGCCACAGCUCAAUAUGAACGAUUCUGCUCCCUUUGCUAACAGCAUAAACAUGGAUGAAUUAUCAACUACUCGUAUUCCUUCUACUUGUCUUGAAAUGUCUCGAAAAAUGUACAAUUUAACAGUGACAACUAGAAAAAAAUUACUGAAGUUAUGUUGGGAAACAAUGUUUGGACAGGAAUUGGUAAAAUUGACAAUGAUGGACUUGGUAUUUGUUCUGUUGGGCACACUUUUCAUGGACUUUUUUCGAGCACUUUUCGUAAGAUACAUGAAUAAAUGUUGUUGUUGGGAUUUAGAAAAAAAGUUUCCUGAAUACGGUGAUUUUAAAAUUGCAGAAAAUAUUUUGCAUCUGAUUAACAAUCAAGGCAUGGUUUGGAUGGGCAUGUUCUUUUCACCAGGACUUGUUGUUCUUAACGUAUUCAAAUUAAUGAUAAUGAUGUAUCUUCGAUCUUGGGCUGUAAUGACAUGUAAUGUGCCACAUGAAGUUGUAUUUAGAGUUUCUAAAAGCAAUAAUUUCUACCUAGCUUUAUUGCUUACAAUGCUGUUUCUGUGCGUUUUACCCGUUGGUUAUACCAUUGUAUGGGUUCAACCAUCGUGGCACUGUGGACCCUUUUCAGAAUAUGAUAAAAUUUAUAAGAUAUUGACCACUAACAUAUACAAAAUCCUUCCGGAAACACUCAACUUUGCAUUGGAAUACAUUGCUUCACCAGCUAUAGUCAUACCAUUGCUAGUGCUGCUAAUAUUAAUAAUAUACUACCUAACAUCUCUCACAAACUCACUAAGAGAGGCUAAUAAUGACUUAAAGAUACAACUCCGGCGGGAGAGAACAGAGGAAAGGCGAAAAAUGUUCCAAUUAGCUGAUACAAGAAGACGAACCGGAUCAUCAUCUAUUGACAAUACUCCAUUUGGGAGAUGGAAAAAGGCAUUGCCUUCACUCCCAAUAAGCAAAUCAAUCGAUUCCGACGAUCGUAAGGCUACCAUGGGUGAAAUUAAUACGAAGGCACCAGAAAAAAUAAAACGAAGAGGAAUAUUUGCUAAAAUUGUUGGACUUGCAUUGGACAAAAAAAACACUACAAAAGAUUCAUCUGAUAUUUUACCAUCAUCAAACAAUGACGAUGAAACUGAUACUGAUUUUCAUGAAUCAUUGCCUAAAGAAGUACUACAGUUGAAAGACAUCAUAGCGACGAAAAAACAAGAACACAUCAAAAGAAACACAGUAGAUUUUACCAUCAAUAUAAAAAACAACAUGAAUAAUGAUAAGAACUCUAAACAAAUGGUUGAAAGAAGUACAAAAACGUACGAAAAUGAAGAAAAUCACACAAAAACUGAUGUUAAACAUGCAAAUUUCAAUAAAGAUAAAAAACUUAAUCGAAAGCAAACGUCAGAGUCAAGCAACCAAUCCAAACAAUCUGAUUCAAUCAGUUCCGUCAUACCAGUUAUAACGAUAAGCACAACCGAAAGCGAUGAAGACAUAAUAAAGAAUUCGAAUAUUACUAAAAAUAAAGAGAACAUACAAGAAAUUCACGUUGAAAAUAAAUCGCAUGUAGAACGAUUAAGAAAAACGAAAAAUAAUUCAGAUUUGAAAUCUCUACAAAGACAAAGUAGUUUUGAGAGCAUACACGAAAACAAGAUAACAACUAAUGAUAAAUUUGAUAAAGAAGGAUACAAAUAUCAAUACUCUCUUUAA